AUGGCAGCAAUCAAGGAGGAUCGAUGGGAGGAUCUUUGGAAAAGCGCCACAGCAGAGGCGAAGACUUCGCUUCCGUCGGUGGUCAAGGACAAGAGCAAGGGCCCUCUCCACAUCCUCCUGAAAGACGGACAGCUGACUGUUGGGAAGCUCGAGACAGUGCUUCGAUGUCCGAACGUGCAGAACGAGGAGCUUCACCGUAGGGACCAGAGCUCCGAGCUGGUUUUCCAAUGCUGCACCAUGAAGAAGGAUCAGAAGUCCGACUCCACGACUCUGGAGCAGUCUCCAGGGCAGACUUUGAGUUGCAAGCCCAGCCACUGGGUGUGCGCACUCCCCACGUGGAACAUGAAAGUGAAGGGAGAGGAGACACAGAAACGUCUCGCGGAGCUCCUCGCAUUCGUUCGGGUCGUCUCGUCGAAGCCGAGCCCUCCAUCAAAGCCUUCCAAAAGGAGCCAGCCUUCGCCGCCACCGGCUCCAGCAGCUGCCAACACGGUUGUACAGUUCAUCCCUAUGAUGAACCCCGCGGCGCUGUCCCUCGUGAUGUCCGGCCAAGGCGGCCAAUUGCCUCCCAACAACGUGGCUCAACAGCGGGUGCCAGGCGGAUACUUUUUCUGCCCGGUGCCUUUCCAAUACACUGCGCAACUUCCGUCUCAGCAGCAGCCCUCCACUGCGCGGCCAACGAACGCGAAGGAGCGGCAGGCGGAGACGCCUCGCAUCGUCGGUUUGCAAAAGCACUGCGAGGAUCUCUCGGACAGCAGCAGCAGCAGCAAGAGCACGGAAAGAUCAGAGAGCACAGAGACCACGGAGACUACGGAGAUCGCCGACAUCGGGGAGAUCACCGAGAUCACUGAGAUCACCGAGAUCCCCGACAUUCCCGAGAUCACGGAGGACACACCCGCGAUGCCCGUUCCGGAGAUCAGUGAGGACCAUCUCAAGGCCAACAGCGACGACUCGACAAGAGCCUCGGACAGCGAGGAGUUUGCCCCGGUUCGUCCCCGUCGUGGAUACAAGGUGCGCAAGCCCCGCGCGAACCAAGAGGUGGUCGUGUCCGAGCCCAAAUCUUUCAAUUCGAUCCAAGGGAGCCCGAAGGCGACUCCGAAGUCGAAGGCGGAUCCGAAGACCAGCCCAGGCCGACCGAAGGCUGGCUCUUCCUUCAAUACCUUCAAGGCUUUGAACGUGGACGUCCCUACAAGGCGCCCAUCUGUCACGGAGGGGACUAGGCUGAACUUUGUUCAGAAGAAGAAGUCAGCCGCUUGA